AAUAAAUAUUUAAUAGAGGGAAGGAAAAAGGAAGAAAAAAGAAAAUUAAUGGUUCUCAGCAGAUAAUUUCCAAGAAUGUUCAUGAGAGGAAAAUCCCGCCAGAGUGCCUGGUGUCUGCUUCAACCUGGAUGUGGCUCCGACCAUUGCUGUUCAUUUCUCCAAUCUGUGGUGGUGAGGUAGUCACAGGUGUUCUCAACGUGCUUAUAAAACUAGCAAAUUUGUACAGAAGGAAUAUGGAUAAACUUACUCUCUUCUGCCUAUUGACUUUGAUUGGAUUAACAAUGUCUACUUUACCAGAUGUGAUACCUAUAGGAGCUCUUUUUGAAACCAACGACGAUACUUUGGAGCAAGCUUUUCGUCAUGCCAUCAAUAGGAUAAAUGAUAAUAAACAAAUAUUAAGUCAUACCAGAUUACAACCUCAUAUAGAAAGAGUGAAACGACACGAUAGUUUCCAAGCGACUAGAAAAGUAUGUGAAUUGUUGAGUAAAGGAAUGGCUGCCAUUUUCGGUCCUCAAUCUAGUGAAAGCAGUUCAGCCAUCCAAUCCACAUGCAGUGUACUAGAAGUUCCCCAUAUCCAGUACAGAUGGGAUUAUAGAUCUCCCAGGAACAACCAGACUGUCAAUCUCUAUCCGCAUCCUGAUACGAUAGGAAUAGCGUAUAGAGAUUUCGUUCUAGAAAAAAAUUGGAAAACGUUAGCUAUUCUAUAUGAAGACAGUGAUGCGUUGAUACGACUUCAGACAUUACUGAGAGAUCCAGCAAUGAGGCAGAAGAAUGUGAUUGUCAGACAAUUCAGUCCAGAACAGGAAUAUAGAAAACUGUUAAAGGAAAUGGGAAGGAAUGGUGUCAAAAACAUGAUUAUCGAUGUUGCUACAGAAAAUCUUGUUACUGUUAUAGAACAUGCACAACAAAUGGAUAUGAUGUCUGAAUAUUACAAUUAUAUUUUUAUUAAUAUGGACAUGCACACAAUCAAUGUAGAACCAUUUCAGAAUGCAGGACCAAACAUCACAGGUUUUCGUUUGAUCGAUGAAGAUGCUUCUAUCUAUAAGGAAUUACUUCAAGAGUGGAAACAGCAUCCCCUCUGGUACAACGAAAAUAUCGAAGCAGAUCCACAGUAUUAUAAGAAUAUUACAACAGAAAUCGUUCUAAUGUACGAUGCCGUCACGCUAUUUGCAACAGCACUUAACAGCUUAGAUCGAAGUUACCAAUUAAGAGUCAAGCCAGUUUCUUGCGAUACAGAAAAGACUUGGCCUCAGGGAAUGGCUCUAGCUAAUGCGAUAAAAAGAAUUAAUAUAAAUGGCUUGACUGGAAAUAUUGAAUUCGAUAAAAAUGGAUAUCGUAAGGAUUUCAAAUUGACAAUCUUGGAUGUUACUCACGAAGGUCUGAAACAAACAGGAAGUUGGACAAAAGCAUCGGGAUUUAUAUACUCAGAAAAUUUCACUAGAACGUUUGAUAUUAUUCAUUCUCUACGAAAUAAAACUUUAAGUGUGACAAGCAAGCCUAAUCCCCCGUAUAUAAUUAAGAUUAAAGAUAAAGUAACGAAGAAAGUAAGAUAUGAAGGAUUCUGUGUCGAUUUAUUGGAUGAAAUUGCCAAGUAUUUGGGUUUCAAUUAUGUUAUCAGAGAAGUAGCUGAUAAAAGUUACGGAAAAAGAGAUCAUCUGGGAGAAUGGAAUGGAAUGAUCAGAGAACUUAUGGAUGCGAAAGCUGAUUUGGCAAUUGGAGAUAUUACAAUUACAUACGAAAGAGAAGAAGUAGUCGAUUUUACAAUGCCUUUUAUGAAUCUGGGGAUUGGAAUUUUGUUUAAGAAACCAACCAAAAAAAUUCCGAAGCUUUUCUCCUUUCUGUCUCCUCUUUCUGUAGAAGUAUGGUUAUAUAUGGUAACAGCAUUUCUUGGAGUCAGUCUAUUCUUAUUUAUUCUUGCUAGAUUUAGCCCAUACGAAUGGGUUAAUCCUCAUCCGUGUGAUCAGAAUCCGGAGAAUUUAGAGAACCAAUUUAAUCUUUUGAACACGUUAUGGUUUACUGUUGGUUGUUUAAUGCAACAAGGAUGCGAUAUUACUCCGAGGUCAUUAUCUACGAGACUUGCUGCAGGCAUGUGGUGGUUUUUUACUCUCAUCAUGGUUUCCUCUUAUACAGCAAAUUUGGCAGCAUUUCUCACUGUAGAAAGAUUAGGAGCUCCUAUUGAAAAUGUUGAAGAUUUGGCCAAACAGAAUCAUAUUCAAUAUGGAUGUGUACAGUCGGGUUCUACUCAAUCAUUUUUUAUGCAUUCUAACUAUUCUACUUACAAAAGAAUGUGGAGUGUUAUGGAGUCAGCUCGACCCAGUGUAUUCACUGAAGAUAAUGACAAAGGCGUGGAAAGAGUUCUGAAAGGAAAUUAUGCCUUUUUAAUGGAAUCAACUUCUAUUGAGUACAGAGUAGAAAGAAACUGCGAAUUAACUAAGAUAGGUGCUAAUUUAGAUUCCAAAGGAUAUGGGGUAGCUUUCCCGACAGGUUCUCCCUAUAGAACCGUGAUAUCUAGCGCAAUUUUAAAAUUGCAAGAAAAAGGUGGUUUGAGAGUUCUUAAAGAUAAAUGGUGGCGAACAAAAGGGGGAGGAAAAUGUGCUAAAGAAGAGACAUCUACUUCGGUUUCUGCUAGUGAAUUAGGUUUGGCUAAUGUCGGAGGUGUAUUUAUAGUAUUGACGUUUGGAAUGGCUUUGGCAUGCAUUAUGGUGAUUGGGGAAUUUUAUUGGAAAUCUCGUAAAAUGCCAAAAGAUCACAGGGAACCAUUAUGUGUAGAAUUAUGUCGGGAAUUAAAACUGGCUAUGAUGUGCAAAACUUCCAAACCGGCUCCAAAAGACGACGAUGAACAACAUGUCGAUAAUGAUCUCAGAUUCAUGCCUCUUAAUCGUUAUUCAAUGUCACCUUCGAAAGAUACAUUUUCUUGACAAGAAAAGGGAGAAGUUGUAUUAGAACCUUUAAAAAACGAAAGUGUCAGCUAUUAUCAUUAUUCUCAAGAGGAUAUGUCCGAUAUCUAGUCAGAUAUUUAAAAAAAAACAAACAAAAAAUAGAGCAUCAAAGUUAUGCAGAAAUUAUUUGAAAUUCCCAUUCAGGAUCAGUCUUCCAAAAAGAAAAGAAAAAAAAAACAAACACCAAAAAAUCCCACCAUUAGUCUAUCAGAAUGCAUUCAAAAUUAAAACUAUCCUCUGAAUAUUAAUAAAGUUUAACUCACUAAACAUUGUAAUUUUCCAUAAAAACCGGUAAAUUUUAAUACAGAUUCAUAUACAAAUGUGUAUAGAAGAAUCAUGAUAAAAGUCUUGAUAAAAUGUUGUAAAUAACAGUAUGAGUCGUAAAAUGUAAAUAAAACUGUAAAUAUUUUGAAUUUAUAAUGUAUAUAAUCUGCACACGAUUUUUUUAUAAUUUAAA